GCCUCUCUUUGUUGGUGGCGAUAUUGUUGUCUGCUUGGUUGGUAACCAGGAGGAAAUGCGGAGCUGAGGGGAUUUAAAACGUUCCGUUUCAGCAUUCCACUGACAAGUUGUUUGACAAUAUCAGUGGAAGGUGUCUGAUUGUAGCAGCUCCCUCAAUCUGGAAUGUCAUGGAGAUACCAGAACAAGAAACUGAGUGAAGUUUGAACAUGUGCUUUAGUAAGGAUCUUGUCUUCUCAAAACAGCCCAAUCUAUCAUAAACAGAAGUUCACAGCUGCUGUUCGGACACAAGGUGAAGGGCAUCACGUCUAAUGAUGUACAAGGACUACAGAGCAGGAAGAGCUGGAGGACUAAACCCGCUGCCCUUUGACCCUUCGACUAACAAUGAACCUCUACAGUUUAACAACUGUAAUGGACCCCUGGUCACGGAGUGCCCUGUAGAGAAUGGGGCUGAGAACAGCAAGAAACGAAAGAGACCCAACCUUCCUCCAGAAGGAAUCCGGAAUAUGGCAAUGGACUCGAGCCCAAUGGGAAUGCCAAUGUCGGACCCAGGAGCCUGGGCAACAGCCAUGAACAACCUGGGCAUGGCUCCAAUGGGCAUGACUGGACAACCUCUCAUGUCAGACUUCGACCCUGGCCUUGGGAUGAUGACUGGGAUUGCUCCAAUGAACCCCAUGAUGCCUGGACUAGGAGUCUCACAGGAUAUGCCAGUUGUGAAGGAGAUCAUUCACUGCAAGAGCUGCACCCUUUUCCCUUCAAACCCAAACCCAGGUAUUCACGAUGGCAGGGUCUCAGUGUGCCCCUUCGUUCCUCCCGCAGAUCUGCCCCCCCCUGCCACCAGACAGAGGCCCCCUGGCUGCAAGACUGUGUUUGUGGGGGGCUUGCCUGAAAACGCUACAGAGCAACUCAUUGUGGAGGUGUUUGAGCAAUGUGGGGAGAUCAUUGCCAUUCGCAAAAGCAAGAAAAACUUCUGUCACAUUCGCUUUGCCGAGGAAUACACAGUAGACAAGGCCCUCUUCCUGUCAGGCUACCGGAUCAGACUAGGUUCCAGCACUGACAAGAAGGACACGGGGCGCCUCCACGUGGACUUUGCACAGGCACGGGACGACUUCUACGAGUGGGAGUGCCGGCAGCGCAUGCUGGCGCGUGAGGAGAGGCACCGCCGGCGGAUAGAGGAGGACCUGAUGAGGCCACCCUCCCCCCCACCAAUUGUUCACUACUCCGAGCAUGAGUGUGGACAGCUCGGGGAGAUGAUCAAAGAUGACUCCAAGUUUCCUGAAGUGAUUCGCAUCCUGCUGACAUGGGUGGAGCGGGGGGAGGUGAACCGGCGCAAUGCCAACAACUUCUACUCCAUGAUCCAGUCCGCCAACAGCCACAUCCGCCGCCUCAUGAACGAGAAGGCCGCGCACGAGAAAGAGAUGGAGGAGGCCAAGGAGAAGUUCAUGAACGCCCUGUCUGGGAUCCUGGUGCAAUUUGAGCAGAUUGUGUCUGUAUUCCACGCUUCUGCCAAACAAAAGGCAUGGGACCAUUUCUCGAAAGCCCAGCGCAAGAACCUGGACAUGUGGCGCAAGCAAGCAGAGGAAAUCCGGAAUAUCCACAAUGAGGAGCUGAUGGGGAUCCGGAGGGAGGAGGAGAUGGAGAUGUCCGACGAUGACAUGGAGGACCCACCUGAAAACAGGGAUGCCGAUGAGACUGGCCUGGCAGCUCAGGCGGAGGCACUGAAGGAGGAGAACGACAGUCUGCGCUGCCAGCUAGACGCCUAUAGGAAUGAGGUGGAGCUGCUGAAGCAGGAGCAGGGCAAGGCUCAGCCCCCGCGCACAGAGGAGGAGGAUGCCACCCGCCAGCAACAGCUCCGCUUCCUGCAGCAGGCAUUGCAGGGCAUGCAACAGCAACUGCUGAACACCCGAGAAGAAUUAAAGAAACAAGAGGCUGAAUUGGAGAAGACGAGAGAAGAGAAAGUGCAGCUGGAGAUCCAGCUGCAGAGUGUGAAGGAGAGGGUGGAUCAGCCCUCACUGUUACCUAAACAGCCAAUCCAGCAGGAGACGACAGACACAGAUGACAGAGGGAGCGACGAGAGCGCUGAUCAAGGAAAUCAGGACAGCACUGUUUUAGAAGUUGCUUCUGCAAGUCAAGAGAAGGAAAACCAACCAGAGAAGGGUCCAUCCAGCCCAGUAAAGUCUGAGAGAGAGGCCCUGCUUGUGGGAAUAAUCUCUACGUUUCUCCACGUCCAUCCCUUUGGAGCCAGCAUUGAGUACAUCUGCUCUUAUUUGCAGCGUCUGGACACCAAGAUCAGCACCACAGAAGUGGAAACCCUGCUGGGCCGCCUGCCAAACACAUUCCGGCAAGAGAUCUCAGGCGUGGGGGCAAGCCUAGAGAAGAGGUGGAAGUUCUGUGGCUUCCAGGGGAUUAAAAUGACUUAGAUGUUAGUGGUUAGAUUUGUGUCCCACAAAGAAAUGAACUGGGCCCAAGGGGAUUUGAUUCUGGUGGUCAGAGAGACUCGCUUCAAAUUGCCUUGGCUCAGCAGUGAUGCUAGAGGCCCGCUUCACUCCCAGGCAGGUUGCUAUAGUGACAGUAGUGUCUGUGCCUUGCAGACAGCCCUGUUUGUGUUUGAGAGGAUGUUUAUUUCCUCAGGACUGACAAACGGGGAGAAAAAUCAGACACCACAGUUUUCUUUCUUUCUUUCUUUCUUUCUUUCUUUUUUAUUAACUUUUUAUCAUUUGAAAACAGUCAGUUGACAGGCUUAUUUUCGUAUUGUUCCUUGCUAAUAUAUGUAUAUUUUAUCUUUUUAAUGUACAUAGUGUUAACUAUGUCUGAACAGGAUGAACAGAAACAAAUAUCUGUGCUCUAUAUAUUGUAUUAAAAAAAAAAAAAAAACUGUUAACUGUUGGUUUUGUUUCUUUUUUUGUUGUUUUUGAAAUGUUCUCCUAGCAGGCAUAUACCUGAUUCUGCACAAUAGGAACUUGCCAUUUUGGGUUGGGGAUGUCUUUAUGAUUUUUUUUUUAGGCUGUACAUACAUACAUACUUUCUGAAAAGUACUGACUCCUGAGCCUGGCACAUGUCUUAUAAGAAAGGUUGAGGUAAAAAGAAGGACUAACAGUCCAUGUGGUAGCCCCACACUUUACUCACUAAUUUCCACAACCAAAACUAUCUGUCUACACUGCAGUCAAUUUCUCUAACCACAGGGCUACUCUACUUCUGAGCAUUUCGGAUGUGAUGCUCCAACUGCUGUGCCCUCUGGCUACCCUCGUUGUAUAGCACAUUGAAAAGAGAUUAAUGACUGGCUGGCUGGCUCUCUUCUCACUGCAUUUGAUUGAAAAUUGAACAAUUAUCAUGCUGCUGAUACAGUAUCUGCUGAAUAAAAUGCCCGUGUCUGCAGAUUUGGGAUGCUUCGGGUUAUCAUUUAUUAUUUCUCAUAAGAAGAGACUGUCCUUUGUGUAUCCAACCCUCCUGACUCCUACCUACAGUAGGAGAGAAAGGCUGCAAUUUAGAUUAAUGAGAACUCGCUGUACCCUUCAAGCUCCUCUGCGGGGAAAAAAGUUGCUUAAGUUCUGUAUUUGUCAUUUAUGAGCUUUGGAGAUUUUUUUUUUUUUUUUUUGCUUUGUUUCAUUCAAUACCGUCAAAAACCAAAUGUAAUAGUGUUAUUCAGAUAAGGCUUUUUCCACACUGCAGAAUAAGAUUGCAUUUGGGGGCAUUUUAAACAACCCGAAAAUGUAAUUCACUAAAACUGCUUUGUAAAAUUCAUUUUGGCAGCUAAUGUCUAUUGCAGUUGUACAGGUAAUUCGGUGGCUGUUUUAAGUGUAAAGCUCCAGUUUGUUUUUUGAUGUCAAGUAGUUUGUUGCCUGGCAAAGAGGGGGGGAAAAAUGUGUCUAAGUUUCCUUUUAAUAAAAUAUAUAAAUAUAUAUAAUUUGAACUGAACUGGAACUGCUCUUGUGAAAUGUACUUUGCAAAGAUUUGAAACAGGUUUUAGUCAACAAUGAAUCAAUGAGAUUAGAGAAACAGUAAUGUGAAAGAGUUGCCGGGUUUUAGACAAGCACAUUCAUUUGGCUAAAUCCACUUGCAGUCUAUAAAAUAGCUACCUGUGACACAAUAUACAAUGCGAUACCUCCUUUUUUAUGUCUGGCGUUUAUAGGAUUCUUUGAAGGAAUGCUGCCAUCUUAAAAUGUGAUAUUGAUUUUUCAGACAGCUUAGGGGGGGAUUGGUUAGAUGGGAGGAUAUUAUGGACUUGUAGUUAAAAACUGAUGGCUGGGAGCAAGCAGACAUGUUUAGUUGUUUAAUUUGAUCAAAUCAAAAACCCUAGUAGGCAACGAUACAAAUGUAACACACGUGUUCCAUUGGAAUGUUAUUCCAAUGGACAUUUCUAGUUUUUACUUCAUAUGCAUACUGUAGUUGGCAUUAGCUUGGUAGUGUGUUUCAUUCCCAGCAUCCCUAGUUUAGACAGAUUUACAGGUGCGCGCACACACACACGUUUACAGGUCCAGUCAGUGAGGAGACUGCUCCUGCUCAGGUGCUUUUAUCAAGUUGCGGUCCCAGUGAAAAGUCUAUAUAAAUCUUACAAAUGUUCAGAAAAGUUAUGACAAACUUUGUAAAGCCAGAGAUUAUCUGUAUUGUUGAAAAUUGUAUUUUUUAGAAAAUAAAGUAAUUUUGUUUAUGA